ACGUUUGAAAAAGUCGCUCUGAACCCGUCUGCGAGUGACAAGGCCGUCUUGGUUGAUUUUUAUGCAGAGUGGUGCAACCCUUGCAAGAUGAUUUCGCCCCUGCUUGAAAAAUUGACCAGCGACGAGACAGUAAAAACUGGUAGCGGCCGUUCGCUUGACCUGGUCACAGUGGACACAGACUCGGAGUUCGACCUAGCACUAAGAUACCAGGUGCGGGCGCUGCCAACAGUUAUAGCAUUCAAGGAUGGCCAGAAGGUUGACCAGUUUGUUGGAGCCCUGAAUGAAAGUGGCAUUCGCGAAUUCAUAGCCAAGUUGUAG